ACCAUUUGCGAUUAUUCUAACAUGGCCGCAUGUUAGUUGCUGAUUUUUCUUUAUUGUUUGCCAACGUUUGUUAAAGAUUUAGUAGUGGUGUUUGUUUGAAAGAUAAAGUUUUACACAACGUAAAAAAGUAGGUAGAAACAUUGUUAGUGGCGGGCAUCCACAUCUAAUUUUUUUUUGGAUAAUUUGUACCGGUCUUCGUCUUGUUGAUCUACUCCUCCCUAUUGAGGUAUUUAGAUUGCUAAAUAAAAUAGGAACUUCUCAUUACGUAUUUUGAUUGUUUUGAAGAAAAAAAUGUUGCAAGAGCAUCAUCAUAUGUCCCAGAAUGGAAUGCAGAGGAAUGCUAGAAUGGGAAUACAACAAAUGGGCCCACCCCCUAACCAGAGAACAAUGUUGAUGAGUAUACCAGCUCCUGGUGUUUUGGUGUCGAUGUCUCCUGGACCUGGACCAACUCUCAUUACGACCACUUCGAUUCCACAACAGCCACAGCCUAAGCCCAAUAUGCAACAAGUCUACCAUUAUGAAAAUGCCAGCCAACCUACAGAAGCAGAUCAACACAGUACUGAACAUCAAAACUGUUCAAACACUAAUACUUUGUCUACGCCCAAUGUUACUUUGGCAAACAUAAAAGAAAAAACACCAAUGUGUUUGGUAAAUGAAUUAGCAAGAUACAACAAAAUUCAACACCAAUACCGACUAACUGGGGAACAGGGACCUGCUCACAAGAAAGUAUUCACAGUUACCUUGAAACUCGGUAACGAGGAGUAUGAAGCCGAGGGGCCCAGCAUUAAAAAAGCGCAGCAUUCUGCGGCUGCCCAAGCUUUAUCUAAAACUGAAUUUAAACACCCACCGCCUAAAACGAUCAGGAAUCGCCCUGGUACUCGCCCUCCGAACCCGGGAAUCGUCACACCUACAGUCGAACUGAACGCUCUCGCUAUGAGAAGAGGCGAACGUACCGUGUAUGUAAUCGAAAACGGGGGUGCACCGCCACAUCAGGGUUACUUAACUCAACCAGGGUACUAUCCUCGUCAUAACCUCUACAAUGCUCAGAUGCAGCCUCAGAGAUACGGAUAUGAUGCUCGCCGGAACAUAAGAGGAAAUUAUCCAUAUGACAACAGAUACUACGGGCAGUUCAGACCUAGCGCGCCCCACAAUGCUGGUGAUCCAUAUACAGUGCGUUUGCGAGUCGGAGAAAGGGAAUACCCGGGUCAAGGUUAUACUGUCCAAGCUGCCAGACACGAUGCUGCCACCAAAGCCAUUGAACACAUCAAACAACUAGGUGAUCCAGAACAAUCCUCUGUGUCUAUGUCACCUGAUCAUUCGCAGCAAAUACCAAACGAAACCAUGCAGCAAGGAAGUGUCGGGGACAUUAAUUCAGACUUGAAGUCCCCUAUUUCUCUCGUAUACGAAAUAGCUUUAAAGAGAAACCUCAGCGUCAUAUUUGAAGUCCUCAGCGAAAAGGGACCUCCACACAUGAAAGUAUUUGUAACUCAAUGUCGUGUAGGCACCUUUAUAGCCGAGGGUGAAGGAAACGGUAAGAAGAUUUCGAAGAAACGUGCCGCUGAGAAGAUGCUAGAAGAACUGUCUAAACUUCCUCCACUUCCCAACGUGGUGAACAUAUCACAGCUGAAAAGGAAGCGGGUACCUAAUAAGAAGAAAACACGCAAUUUGAUUAAAGUCAAUACGGAUAAAACGACUGAAGUGGCCGAGGAGAUUAAUCCCAUAUCUCGGCUAAUUCAAAUUCAGCAAGCUAAUAAAGAAAGAGAGCCGGUAUAUACUGUUUUGGAAGAACGCGGAGCUCCCAGACGACGAGAGUUCGUUAUUGAAGCUUCCGUAAAUGGACAUUCUUGUACUGGAGUGGGACCCAAUAAAAAGGUUGCUAAACGAAACGCUGCGGAAGCUUUGUUGAUUGAAUUGGGUUACAACAGUUCCGCUAACGCUAAACAGCCGAGCAAAGAAAAGGAAGAUGCAGCGAUGCAUUCUAACGAUAAGAAUCGCAAAGUAACAUUCGUUGAAGAAUCCCAAGAGAAUCAACCAACUCAGUCUGUCGGAGGUAGCGGUGGUCGCCAAUUGGUGCCAGGAGUUCUGCUGGUUACAGAACAAGCUGGUUUCCAAAAACAAAAAGAUAACUCGGAAAAGCCUUUGCAAACUCAACAAACCCAGAUAAAGCCACCUUCUACUAUACAAGGCGUUCGUUCAAAAGACAAAUUAUUGUAUCUAGCUCAGUUAAUGCAUAUUCAGGUCCAGUUCUCAGAUUUCCCAAAAGCAAAUCAUGAAAUGUAUUUGACUUUAGUGUCUUUGAGUACAAAUCCACCACAAGUAUGUCACGGUGAAGGUCCCACCACCGAAGCUUCUCACGAGAAAGCCGCUCUUGAAGCUCUCAAAGUGUUAUCCGAAUUGGGUCUAGAUAUUGCUCCCAAGGAUGGUUCGUCUGGUCCCAACGGAGACAAUGCUUCCCCUGUCGUAGCUAAUAAGGGGUCAGUACACCAAAACGGUGUCAAGAAGUAAACUUUGAACUCUACGUAAGCCUGUACCAAUGGCUCCCGUUGUAGAAUUGCAUCUCUCCCUUAGUGAUUGCUUUUUUUCGUCAUUGGUACAGAACAAUUAUACAUGAGUUCCAUGUGGCCAUGUAUUUACAUUUAAAAUAACUAUGAAUUAUUGUUUUUAUUAUUUCAUGUGAUUUCAUUAACAUAUGAUGUUAUAUGAAAUGAAUUCAUGUAUCUAUGUAUAAUUCUGGUUAUUGCUUAGGCACUGUAUGUUCCCAAUCAGUGCUCCUACCCAUUUUCAUUUUCGUGGGCAGAAAAAGAAAUUGGGUGACAGUAGUUCAGAAUUGGUUUUACAAAAUUGUAAUUCGUUUAGGGUUCGAAUAAUCUCGGUGUUGUCGAACUAUUUUUAAAUAUUUUUAUAACGAAGACCUUCACACGGAUGAUUAAGUACAAAGUUGUAGAAAGAAAAUUAGACAGUAUUAAGUACAUAAUGUGUAAUUUUGAAUCUCGCUAAAUGCAGAAAUCAAUUUACUUUUUGAACGCAAAUACUGAGGCAUAAACUUUAUUUAGACUAAGUUUUAAACGACUUUUUAAAAACCCGUUUAUAUAAAUCUUUGUUUUUAUAUAAGUAAAAAAAUAGAAAAAGAUAGUUAUACAAGUAUACUUUGAAAUGUUUUUCUUUAUGAAAAUUUGAAUUGAUUUUGUAAUGCUAAUGCUAUUUGCUUGUACCCGUAGAUAUAUCGAGGGCAACGUUUAAAUGAAAUAACGUAAAAUAUUUAAAAUAGUUCGUUUGCACUAUUAGUUGUAUCUUUAUUCCAAUAUUUCAUGUAGGUAUUUAAAACACGUAUAUGAAAUACUUUGAAGUGUCCACAUUGUGAGUAAUAUAGCAUAAUGUUGAAUAUACUUGUUAAAAAUAUAAUGGUUUCGGACCCUAAUAUUAACCUAUAUUUAUUAUGUUAUACCGUUUUUAAAGCUAGUAUUUGCUAACCGUUUUCUGACAAAAUGCACGUAUAUAAAUAUUGUCAGGGAAUGUAAUAUGUUAGUUGUUCUCUAGAUGCGAUGCAAUUCUGAUCUGCUGAUCAAUUUACACUACUUUUUUUUGGAGAUUGAUUUCAAUAUUCCUGGGGCAUUGAAUGUAUGUAAAUAUGUUCAUUAAGUAUGUUUACUAAGGAAACUGAUUUUUUUUAAGUUGUGUGUUCAAAGUAUUACUUUUAUUUUAUUUUAGCUAUCCAUUAAUCCUGCAGAUAGAUUUAUGUAGUGUGGUUCCGUGCUAGAUUUAUUAUGGCAUCAUAAAUGGAAAACCGUUAAAAUUGUUUAUUUGUAUUGGAAAAAAAAGUUUAAGUUUUAUUGUGAAUAGUUUUGUUAAUUUUUAAGGUUUACAGAUUGGGUUCAUGACUAGUUUUAACCUAUAUUUACUUAGAUAUUAUUUCCAUAUAAUAUUUCGCCGGACAUGCAGGAUUAAUUGUUUUUAUUUUUUAACUGACUUUUAUGCAACCGCCUCUGUAUUGAAUUUGAAAUCAAUAAACAUUAUCACACAA